UACAAAUUAUUGUUAAAUUUUCAACAGUGUUCUUUAAAAUAGUUUGACGAGCGUUACAAAUAAAUUAUAAGUUAAUAUGACAGGAAAUUACAAAAGAUAUUAUGAUUUUAUAAGAAAUGCAACAACAACGAAUGAAUAUAAAACAGUUAACAAAUACGCUGCCUUUCUUCCGAUACCUGCAGUUUUAAGUUUAAUUUUAAUUCUGAUCGGGUUUGUUACCCCCGGAUGGGCGGGUUUGGAAAUAGGGGGAACAUUUUAUGGCUUCGGAUUGUGGUAUGAUUAUCUUUGUAAAGAAGGAUCAGAUUGUGAAACGAAAGUGUUUGCUCACAAUGUGAAGUCAAAGGAUUUAGCAGAUGCAGCUGAAAAUAGCAUGGUGAAAUAUCGAGUGAUGGCAAGUUUAGCUUUGGUCUUCCAAAUAUUUGCAACUAUCUUGGCAUUGUUGGCUAUAAUACCAAAGACGAACUUGAAACAAUACCUGUUUACAUUUAUUUGCACCUGCGGCUUAUGUUUGUUCUUAUCAGCCAUUUUCAGUCUGGUCACAUCAGGGACACUCCAAAUUAUCAAAUCUAUUACCGUGUUCAAGAAAUACGAACACAUCGUAGGAGAGAGUCCCUAUACGUUUCCCUAUUCAUUGUUCCUGUUUGGCGCCGGAGGAAUCAUGUCAGCGUUCACAAUGUUUUUUAUCAUGGGAAUAUUUUGCUACAGCGCAAGUCAUUAAAAGGACAAAUCGGACACAACAUCCCAGUGUCUUAAUUAACUGUAUGUGUGUUUUACAGAGAAAACAGUUAUAGGCAGCUUUGUUAAACAUGUGGAUUAAUCAACUUCUCUAAUUGUGACUUACCAAUGACCGUGCAAAACAAUCCUCUGAAUUGGAAUAUAAAUGUUACAUUUAUUCAAAGGGUCCUUUGACCUUGUAGUACUGUCAUUUUUACAGUUUUA